UCCCUGUGCUCCUGUGUCUCCGUGUCCCCCGUUUCCUCUCCACGGGGUUCUGGGGGGUCAGAUAUGGGGUGCCAGGGCUGUGUCCGUGGAGGGCUGGGGGUGCACCCAUGGGGUGUCUUUUUGGGAUGUAUUUUUGGGGUGUAUUUAUGGGAUGUAUCCAUGGGGUGUAUCCAUGGGAUGCAUCCAUGGGGUGUAUUUUGGGGUGUAUUUAUGGGAUAUAUCCAUGGGAUGUAUUUUUGGGGUAUAUUUAUGGGAUGUAUCUAUGGGGUGUAUUUUUGGGGUGUCUCCAUGGGGUGUAUUUUCGGAGUGUAUUUUGGGGUGCAUUUCUGGGGUGUAUUUAUGGGAUAUAUCCAUGGGGUGUAUUUUGGGGUUUAUUUUUGGGGUCUAUCCAUGGGGUGUAUUUUCGGAGUGUAUUUUGGGGUGUAUUUAUGGGAUCUAUCCAUGGGGUGUAUUUUUGGGUUAUAUUUUUCGGGUGUAUCUAUGGGGUGUGUUUUUGUGCUGUAUCCAUGGGGUGUAUUUUGGGGUGUAUUUUCGGAGUGUAUUUUGGGGUGUAUUUAUGGGAUGUAUCCAUGGGGUGUAUUUUGGGGUGCAUUUCUGGGGUGUAUCCACGCGGUUCCCGGCCUUGCUUCCCCGGCGCUGCCGCUGUUGUCACCCCGGGGCGGCGGUGACAAAACGCUGGAACCCCGCGGCCAUUGUGACACCGCGGCCCCCGCGCCGCCGCCGCCGCCACCCGCGGCCCCGCGGCGGUGUCACUUGUCACCGCGGCGCCGCUGCCGCCACCAGCGCCACCACCGCCCGCCGGCGCCGCCGCUGCCACCCCGUCCGUCCCGGGCAGCCGAGCCCAUCUCCCCGUCCCGAGGGCACCGGGGAGGGGCGAGCCGGAGGCGGCACCAGCAGAACCCCCCGAUGUCAAAGGAAGGCUGGGUGGGCGCCUGGAGACCGCACCGGCCCCGGGUGCCCGUGGCGGGCCGGUUCCGCAGCCCCGGGCCCCAGUACGGGCUGCCCAGCGGCAUCGGUGAGUCCGGCAGCGCGGGGCCCGCGGGGGACCGGAGCCGGCAGGACCAGGUCCCAGCGAGCCCCUGCCCGCCCCCAGGCUGCGAGCACCGCGACCCCUCCGCCCUCCGCGCUCCCGGCUACACCUUCGGGCUGCGGCUCAGGGGCCCCGAGCAGCCGCGCUCGCCCGGCCCGCAGUACCUGGUGCCCACCGGGGUCACCGCGCGGGGCCGGGACCGCGCCCCCGCCUUCACCAUGAGCGGCCGGGCCCGCCAGCCCCGGGCCAUGGACACACCUGGGCCAGCCUAUUACUCCCCCGAGCUGGCCGACAGGAUGACCCUGCCCUCGGCCCCCGCCUGCACGGUGGCGUCCCGCGCCCGCCAGAACAAACCCCAGCAGACACCAGGCCCUGGCAGCUACCAGCUGCCGCCCGUCAUGGGCCCCAACCAGGUGAUCAAGAAAUCGGCCCCCCAGUGCACCAUGACAGGGAGAGCGCCCAGCAUGUUCGACGACAAGAGAAUGACCCCAGGACCCAGCAGAUACGGCACCGUGGACACCAACGUGUACAUGGCGCGGGCCCCCCGCUGCACCAUCGCGGGGCGGAGCCGCCCCCGCCCGAUCCUGCACACCCCCGGCCCCUGCGACUACAGCCCCAAGCAGGCGAGCGAGGACGGGGACGGGGACAGGGCUCAGGACAGGGACCCACGGCCCCCCUCCUUCACACCGCCCCUGUCCCCCCGCAGGGCCAGAAUAAUGGACAGACGUUCGGCGUCCGGCACUCGGAAAACGUGAUCCCCGUGAUGGACUUGCGCCCGUAGGGGAAGCGGGGACGCGGGUGGCAAACACGAACUGAAGCAGCAGCACUCGCUCGCUCGCUCUCCUUCUGUCCCGCUGCGCCGCACGGGGGGCGCAGGGAUCCCCUAAAACCGCCCCUCGCCCAUCCCGGGGGAGAUCCUGGCGAGGAUACGGAGGGGGGACCCCACGGUGGGGUGGGACGUGAGGGAUGUGCUACCGACCCUCUCCCUUGUCCAGCCCCAUCCCAUUAUCCC